UUAAACUAAUGGCAUUGCAUUUGUUAUACUGUAACUUAACUGGUGAUUUUGCUGCAGCUGAAAAUUAUAAUGAAAGAGAAGUAGAUAACAAGAUUAAAUUAGCAUUACAGCUUGAACAUAAUCCUGAUGCACCAACAUGUUAUGAAACAUUUUGGAAAGUUGUACAAGAUUUUCUUACUAGUACUGCAAACUUAUUACUUGUUAUUGAUGAUCAUAGACACAGUUUAGUAAUUUAUUUAGCUAGAGCAAUAUUUGUUAAUAAAUUUGUACAACAAGUUACUGCAUUGUGUCCUUCUAAAAUGCCAAUUUUAA